AUUUGAGCUUCAGCAAUACAGUCGUGCGCAUGGACCAAAUAGAUAUCAGCUCUAAGGGAAGAAGUUGCGGAACCCCACGUGACAUCAAGCAAAUUUAAACGAGGGAUCGGCCUGUUGGUAGUCAGACUUUAUUCAGGACGAUAUGGAGACGACUGAAUUGCUUCUACGUUUUGCCGUUGUGUUGGUUUUCCUAAAGAUGACUCUGGUGCCCGGUGCAUCGAGUGUAAAGGCUGGAAAGGAUAACGUGACAACCAACAAACCAGGCCUGUUUGGGUGUAAAAAGAUAAACUUCCAACACCCCUUCUCUCAUGGACCGCAAGUCAAGGUAUUUGCCUCAUUUGGACAUACUACAGAAAGUCCAGGUCACCGUUAUGGUGCAGCCGUCUGGGUUGAAUCUGUUUCGACGAGAGGAUUCACGACCUGCGUGUUAGAAUAUGGAGACGGAUCGAACGGUACAUCUGAAAUAAACUGGGUUGCUUUGCAAUCUGUGCCAACAGGAUCUCAGUUAGAAACCGUCCACUUAAAAGCUUGGACCACCGGAACGAAUUGUAGGACAAUCACCUUUAAAGAGCGUUUCAAGACCUCACCAACCAUUUUAGUUACUGUCAGUCAUGAAGUUUUAAGAAGACCUCAGGAUGCCAUGGCUGUGUGGGUAGAGGACUUGAACAAGGACAAUUUCAAAGUUUGUCUCCGAGAAACCAAGCUUCUCGAUGGAACACACAAGAACGUGAAAAUAAACUGGAUGGCUUUUACUACACUGAAGGUUGAGAACGUUACCUUUUCAAAGAGUGUGGUGCUCAAUAAUGCAAGCUUGCAAAAACAUCAUGAUAACCACGCUUAUUGCCAAACUAUAAACUUCACCGAUCAGUUUUACGCUCCUCCAGUUGUAGUAGUGACGCCCAAACAGGGUUACAAGAAUAACUACUCAGGUGUUCCUCGGUCUCAGUGUAAUGCCGUGACGGCAUGGGUCGAGUACACGUCCACUGAAGAUACGAAAGUAUGUGCGAGAAGCUACGACAGCGAUGCUCAUAGCGAUGAUAUCAUACGAGUUGAUUAUGUUGUUGUUGGAGACCUGGACCCCUGUCUGAACAUAACGUGUUAUUUCCAUGGGUUAUGCAAGGCUUUUGGACCCCAUGAUGCUCGCUGCGUAUGUAUAGACCGCUGCCCUUCCUACCAUGAGCCCAUCUGCUCAUCCAACGGAACAACCUACGACAAUAAGUGUUUGUUUGAACAGGAAAUGUGUCGCAUGCGGCUCAACUUUACAGUGCAACAUCCGGGUAGUUGUGAAGGAUUCCCUUUUCAGAGAGGUCGCCAUCACAUGCCCCAUAUUCCAUCUCUUGGAUAUUCUCACUGCGAGAUCAUUCGUCUGAGACCAUUUGUGUUCUAUCCUGACAAACCCAUUGAAGUGCAGAUAACGGUCAAUCAUAUCGACACCAGCGACAAGUCAUAUGUUCAUGAUGCGGCGGUUCCGUGGGUUGAGAACAUCAGUACCGAUCAAUUCACGGCCUGUGUAAUGGCGGCAGGCUUCAAUGAACGAAAAUCGAAUGCAAACGUCACAUUGGAUUGGAUGGCGUAUCAGGGAGCUCCGGUGGGUGGAGUGGCGGGAGAAGAACAGACAUCACAGUGGUGGACUGGAACGACUUGUAAAGCUGUGAAUUUUCCAUCGUUUAACAGUUCACCUUCUGUAUUUGUAACUGCCGAACAUCAUCAUUCUGGACUGAAGCGUGACGCAGCUAGUGUCUGGAUUGAAGAUGUCACACAAUCUUCAUGCAAAGUUUGUUUGAGGGAGCUACAAAACUACGCAGGAUCCCACGAGGACAUUUCCGUUAAUUGGUUCGCGUUUGUGGAUCUUCACAAGCCCCCCUUCUUGGAACAUGGCAUGGUUCCCUUCAUGAACAACAAACCCCCUCCUGACGAUCAAAAUAAUGCCUUCUGCAAGGAUGUUUCCUUUCUCCAUACUUAUCAUACAGUCCCAAAUGUACUCGUCUCUGCUAAUCACUCAACAAAAGGAGGGAACCUAAGUCCUGUUCACAAUGGCAUAACUGCUUGGAUAGAGUAUAUCAACAAGACUGGCUUUCGUGUUUGUUUUAAAGAAUUGUAUGAAACAAAAUACGAUCCCCUUUCUAUUACGUACACUGUUAUGUCAGAGAUAUGUCAGCCUGGAUGGGACUAUUUUAAUGGCUACUGUUAUUUCACAAGCCUGUCCUGCUCCUCGUGGCCAACUGCUGAAACAAAAUGUGCUAAAAUGGGCUCAAAUCUUGUGACAGUCCAUAAUCAAGAGGAAAAUGUCUACAUUCAACAUCGGCAUAAUGGAGAGAAAUCCUGGAUCGGGCUCAAUGACCGAAGCAUGGAAGGAUCAUUCGCGUGGACAAAGAAAGGCACAAGUAAAUUUAGAUUCUGGGCCCCACACCAACCCAACAAUUAUACGGAUCAGGAUUGUGUUCACACUCUUGGUGCAAAGAAUGGAUACACUUGGAAUGACGUAUCAUGCGAUAACUGUUUUAAAUUUACUUGUUUUAAAGAUAUAAACGAGUGCACAGCCAAGGCUCAUUGGUGUGAUGCUAAUGCUUUAUGUCAAAAUGCAGAAGGAUCGUACAAAUGCGUUUGUAAGGAUGGAUUUACAGGAGACGGGAAAAAGUGCUCUGAUAUCAACGAGUGCACAGUCAAGUCCCACCGGUGUGAUGUUAAUGCUGCCUGUCAAAAUACUGAGGGAUCCCACAAGUGCAUUUGUAAUGCUGGAUACGAAGGAGAUGGAAUAAAAUGCUCAGUUCCCUGGGAGUUUACAACAAGAGGACAAAGUGGAAGAUAUGGCAAUAUUCAGACCUUUACCGUUCCACGUACGACUCGCUACCAUAUUAAAGCCUGGGGAGCUCGUGGUGGGACACAUUCAUACAAUUAUGGAUAUAGACCUGGAACAUACUAUGGUGGUAAGGGAGCAUUCAUAGAGGGAAAGGUCAGACUGAAUAAAGGAACAGUGCUCAAUAUUGUCGUUGGACAGAGAGGAGGAAAUUCAGUGGAGGUCAAAGGAGGACGAUCAACUAGCUCAACAGCAGCUCAGUUAGGAGUGUCUGUGGAGGACAAUGCUGGAACUGGAGGAGGAGGAGGGAGUUUUGUCUAUACCACAGGUAAUACGUUGUUAUUAGCAGCCGGAGGAGGUGGUGGUGCGUCUGGUGGUUAUAACGGAGUGGAUGGUCAGUCGGGUUCCAGUGGAACCAGUAGUGUGGGGAAAGAAUUAUCACAAGUUAGAAAUGGAGGUACAGGUGGGCAGCCUGGUGAAUGUAACAGUGCAGGUGCAAGCUACCAUGGAGGAGUGGGUGCAGGUUGGUUUAGUCAAGGUUGUUCCCGACAAGGCUCCAAACAUGGGGAAAGAGGCGGAUCACGUGCUCAAGGCUGGAUCGGAGGUCAAGCAGGGCGUAUGAACAGUGGAAAUAAUGGCGGACCAGCACCAGGAGCAGUUGGAGGGUUUGGCGGUGGUGGAGGAGGAUCAGAGGAUAACGGUGCAUCAGGAGGCGGUGGAGGGUACUCUGGAGGAGGCAGUGGUACCCACGAAAAUCAAGCUGGAGGGGGGGGAGGUUCGUUUUGCAGUGGCCAGAGUUGUUCUGGCGUAACUGGUGGUAACUCCAAUGAUAACGGAUUAGUAAAAAUUGUUGAGUUAUCUUCAUAAUAACUAUUCACCGAAAGGAUUUAAAGUUGAAGGUAUAUGACAAAGUUUCGUUACGCUUUUAUCUUUUACCGAAUCAACAGAACAGCAGUUUAAACAAUUUGUUCACUUCAAUUAUUUUUUACUGAAUAAAAUAACAGAAG